CAAUAAAUCUAUUUAUGCAAACAUUUAGCAAAUAAAAUAAAUUAACCGAGCAAAAGCAGAAAAAAGGUCUUUGUAUUGAAUGUGAAUGUCUGAUUUCAGUAAUAAAUAAAAAAAAUGCCAAAGAUUUCCAGGUAAAAUAUUACAAUAACAUUUUAUGACAAAAUAGAUAUAAUUUUAUUACUUUUAGCAAAAAUAGUUUUGAAAUUUUUCACUUAAAAAUGCAAUCAUAUCAGCCUGAACAAGUUUCCUUUGUAGUUAUUACAUCAAAAACAAUAUAAGAAUUUAAAUUAACCAACAUAAAAACAAAGAUGUAUUUUUAUAUAUAUAAUUAUCUUCACAGCUGAAAUUGUCACAGCACAGCUCUGAAAUUUCAAGCUCAAAUUGAAAAUAGUAUCCAAUAAACAGACAACACCUCAAAUCUGUCUUCACCCCCAUAUGAAAGAUGUUACAACCUGGGUUUGUAUUUCCUUUUUUACCUUGGACAUAUUUAAACUGAUAGCUACUAGAUACCAUAAAAGAUAAAGAAAAUAUCUGGUUACGAGCGUUUAUAACCAGAUAUUUUCUUGCUUCUCUUGUCUCCUGGCCAAAAGUCAGUAGAGUGGACACCAAUGGACCUCAAUGAAUCCUUCUUCACACUCCACCGGCUCCAACUGGGGCUACAGAGCAGCAGCCAUUACGUAACCGCACCAAGCUGCUCCACGCUGCCCUUACAGCAGCAGCACACCGCAGCUGACUGGACAAAAUUAGCUGAACCUCGCCCCCUGAAGUGGCGCUAAUGGAGUCGAUGACAUAACGUUUCCAAAUGUGUCGCACCUGAUCCAUUGUUUGGCUUUUGUUUCAACAGGGAAAUCAUAACGUGGGAUACACAUUAUGUACACGUGCAGCUGUAUUUAAGAGAAAUUAUUGCAAAUUGCACAAUAUUCCUGCUUUUUGGCCUGGAUGUUUGUAGUGUAGCAUCAGUUCUGUAGGAAAAAUAAGGUUUUACUAUUUUAUUAGUCAGUUUUCUGGAUACACACUGCAAAAACACAAAAUCCUACCAAUUAUUUUGUCUAAUUUGUAGUGCAAAUAUCUUAGUAUACUUUAAAUAAGACAAAACCAACAAGUAAACUUUUAGCAAGAUAUAGGAGGCUGUUUUAAGUCCGGCAUUUCUUAAUGCUGACUAGAAAAUUAUGAGGUUCUCUUGCAGAUUUUUUUCAUUUUUAAGUAAAACAUUUUUGCAUGUUAUAAAUGAAUUAAUCUCCUAGUGGAACAACUAGAUUUUCCUCAGUCAUAAGGAGUUACUGACUUAACGCAAGCUCCGAUAUCUUGUUAAAUAUAUUUGUAAGUUAGUUUUGUCGUAUUUCAAGCGCAUGAACAUAUUUGCACUAGAAACUAGACAAAAAUAAUUACUGAUAUUUUGUGUUUUUACAAUGCACUGAGCUUUGAAUUAAUGUAGCUCAUGAGAUUCAGCUUUCCAAAAAUAUUGUUAAAUUUAAAUUUUUCAUUUUAUUGAACAUUUUUCUUAUAUUGGAUAACGACAGCCUGAGUAGAUACUAAAAGCAGUUUUCAAAUGAUGAUUUUUAAGAGGAAAAGCUUUCCAACCCAACCCAAACCGUUAUGGGGUUUGGACCAUUCCUGCAGGACUUUCUAAUAUAGAGCAAAAUUUAUGAUUAACAUCAAUUAUGGUAAGUUGUCAGACAUCUUUAGGAAGCAAUCCAACCACAAACCACCGUACUCCCAUCGUACUGUUUUACUUUCAAUAUGAUUCUGAAAUGCUGUGUUAUUUUUUGGUCAGAUGACAAACUUUUGUCUUGUUAGCCAACAGAAUAUUUUAUCAAAAGCCCUGCAGUUCCUUAAUAUUUUUUGGGGGGAUAAAUAUAAUAUGUUUAAUUGAAUAGGUUAGGAUAGGUAAAGGAUACACAAAGCAUGUUCAUUACAUUUUUUACAUAAAAUCAGUCUUGGAUAAUUGUUGUGCCUAUUUUGAGCUCCUUUCAGAAUGACCUUUUAUAGGGCUCUGUCACUUUAAAUCCGGAUCAGCGGCUGGUGAUCACGCCCCCCAGCUCAACAUUUACACUCACACCUGAAGAAAGCUGUAACUCUUUUACAUAGCUGUGCAUUUGGAAGUGAUUCAAGUGGUUUCUGGGUGCAGGAGGAGUGGCACCCGGUCUGCAUGUGCACUUGUGUGAAUGUGUGUGUGGUGUCGUUGCCUCUAAGUGAGAGGAAGAAAAGGAUGCAGAGGUUUGGCAGCGAGGGAGGAGGGAGAUUCACUCGACCUGUCCGGGUCUUUCAUGUCACAUUUCUGCCCUCGGGAUCUGACCUCUGUAACCCUGUCUGGAAAAUAACCUGGAAAAACUAAAAUGGAAUAAUGGAAAACUGCCCUCUGGAAAAGAGUCGGAGCAACGCACCUCCUCUUCCUCCUCCUCCUCCUCUUCCCUCCUCGUCCUGCUGCUGCAUCAGACAGGAGAACUGAAGAGAAGAAUGAAAGACGUUUUUUAAUUUGCUCCUGCGCUGGAACUUGUGUGCCAAAGUGAAGGCUUUAUGUGGAUUUAUGCAUCUGAUUGUACAGUUUGAACUGUUUUAGUUUCUGUUUAAGAGGAAAGAGCACAUAGUGGAGGGAGAGGGGAGGAGGGCGAUGAGCAGUGAGAUGAGAUGACUACAAAGGACAGGAGUAAAGAGGAGAGUUGAAGAAGAGAAAGCAGAAGACUGGGAUCUGGAUCCUGUUAUUAUUUAACUGAGGAGAGAUGAGGCACUGAUCUAACUUCUCCAGGAACUUAUACCGAUCUCAUCUCUGCCACAACAUGAGCACUCCAACACCCGGAAGCCCAAACUCGGAGGUGAAGAUGGGGUCCCAGGAGAUGGCGAUGCUGAGCAACCUUUUGGCUGCUUACACUUUCAUUGCAGACCAACCUGAGAGAACGGCUCUAGUGUUCCUCGGCGGUGUGUGUGUUGGACUCCUGGUCACGCUGUGCGCCAUCGUCUUCCAGAUACACUGCCGAGCGGACUGCCACUAUGGCAACAGCAACGACCUUCAGAAUCGCCAAAGGGUCAGACGUCACUGUCGCCAGCACCUCUGUGCCCGCCCUCAGCUCACAGACGGUAACCCAGACAACACCGGUGCUGUGGUUGUGGCCUCUGGAGUGACUGGGAACACUGGGGACUGUGAGCCAGAGGACUGGGAUGACACGUCUGACCUGUCGGCACGGCGACGCAGGCGCUUCGAGAGAGCUCUGCUGAACGCCACCAUGUUCACAUCUUCUGAGGAGCUGGACCGGGCCCAGCGACUGGAGGAGCGGGAACGGGUUCUUCGAGAGAUCUGGAUGAAUGGACAACCAGACAUCAGCACAGUGACUCAAAGCCUCAACAGAUAUUACUGAUGGAAAGCCAAAACGACAGAUACAGACCGGGAAGAAAACAAAGCGCAGGCAGUCAUGGAUGACUGGUGCAGAAAAAUGAACAUAAACAUGGAACAGUUUCCACUGCAGCAGUGAGCCUCUGAACAAUGAGGUAACACUGGUUUGUUUGGGGCUCAACAAGAAGACAGGACAUAAAUGGAUUUUCAACAAAACUAUUGUCUGUAGCUGAUAUUUAAUGGACUCUGGGCUAUGUAACUGCUGCCAUUAAUUUACUGGGAUGUUUUCUCUUUUCUGUUUCUUCGGCACUUCUCAGUAGAACAUGAAAAGGAGCAGAAGGGAAUAACAAUCUAGAGUUCACAGCUUGAUUUUGUAGAAUAAUGUUGCACUUUUCUCAGCUGACCCUAUAUUGUUUGUGAACCUGCAAUAAUCAGAGUGUUGCAACUUGAUACUUUUAUAUUGAAGAGCAACUUCCUCUUCCAAGGCGAUCAUGGAAACUCUAUGACAAACAUGGUGAUACGAAUACUGGUGCUUUUUCUACUGCAUUUCAAUUUCAUCUGGUUGCUCACUGAAUGGCAUCAGACACAUGAAGCACUGAGGAUCAUCAGCUCUGUUGCAUCACUUUAUGACAAUCCUCAACCUGAGUUAUUACAAAGAAUGAUUAACUUAAUUUUAAUAUUUUAUUAACUUUGUUUUGACGUAAUGAUUAAACUGCUGUAUAUAAGACAUUAAAAUGGUGGCUUUGCAGUUUUUUAAAAACACAAAGUACAGUAGACCUAUCAUGCAAAAUUCACAUUUUGCACAUU